AGAGGCGCGAGGCGGCGGCCAGCCUAUAUAACACCUCAGCCUCCGCUCAGCCUCACAGUGCUCCGCUCCCAACACACGACAACAUGAACACCAAGGUGCUGCUCCUGCUGGCCAUGGCCGCCUUCGCCGCCGCCGACCGCGGCUACGGCAGACGCGACAGCGGCUCCUUCGAGUCCUUCGAGUCCAGGUCCUUCGAGUCCGACGAGGCCAAAUACGACUUCCAGUGGGCCGUGAACCACCCACCCUCCGGCAACGACUUCGGGCAGCGCGAGGGCCGCGACGGCGACGACACCCAGGGCGUGUACACCGUGGCGCUGCCCGACGGCCGCCGCCAGACCGUCACCUACCACGUGGACGGCGACGACGGCUACAUCGCCGACGUGAGGUACUCCGGCGAGGCGCGCUUCCCCGACUCCGACGAGUCCCACUCCUUCGAGUCCCGCGAGUCCUACCGCCGCCCCAGGCCAUCCUACUACUUCGGCUCCAACGAGUCCAAGUAAGCAACAAACAAACAAACAACGACGAAGACUCCGCCGACGCUGACCCGACCCGAGGAGCCGCCGUUGAGGCCGUGGCCUCCGGCAGGCUCCUCGGGCCCCUGUAGGGAAGGCCGCCCGCGGCCCCGCUGUGGACGGCGGGUGGCAGCGGGACCUAUUUAUUAUGAAACUAUUUAUUGAUGAAUAAACCAUGCAAAGAAAACAAA